CGGCGGUUGUUUAAGGAAGUUUGGAUCAACGUUUCUACCUGUGGACUCAUUAAUGUGUUAGCUUAAACCUGCAGCUCCAGUGACCGACAUCCUCCAACCAUGACUUCCACAUCCGACCUCGAGCAGCUGGCGGAGAUCGAGCUGAAGAAGGAGGAAGAGGAGGAUCAGAUGUGUGUCACAGACGCUCCGUCAGUUCCUUCCAGCAGUCCUGAUCCCUCGCACCCGUACUACGACGUGGCCCGACACGGCAUCAUCCAGGUCUGCGGUGACGACAACUACGGCAGGAAGUUGAUCGUCUUCAGCAGCUGCUGUCUGCCUCCGUCUCACCAGCUGAACCACCGGCGCCUCCUCGAAUUUCUGAAGUUCACGUUGGACCAGUACGUGGAGAUGGACUACAUCCUGGUUUACUUCCAUCACGGUCUGAGGAGCAGCAACAAACCGUCUCUGAAGUGGUUACGAGAAGCGUACAGCGAGUUCGACAGGAAAUACAAGAAGAACCUGAAGACUCUGUACGUCGUCCAUCCCACAAACUUCAUCAGAAUCGUCUGGAACAUUUUCAAACCUCUCAUCAGUCACAAGUUCGGGAAGAAGCUGACGUACGUGAACUACCUGGCCGAGCUGAGAGAUCACCUGAACUACGAGCAGCUCGUCGUCCCGGCCGACGUCGCCAGGCACGAUGAAAAGCUCCUCGCCGCUCAGAAAGGCGGACCCCCUCCCUCCAUGAAGACCCCCCCGCCUCGACCCCCCCUGCCCACCCAGCAGUUUGGCGUCAGUCUGCAGUACAUCAGAGAGAAGAACCGGGACGCCGUCAUCCCCCCCGUCGUCUCUCAGACCGUCGCCUACCUGAAGGAGAAAGGCCUGAGGACAGAGGGGAUCUUCAGACGCUCGCCUCGUGUUCAGGUCAUCAAGGACGUUCAGAAACUCUACAACCUGGGUAAACCUGUAAACUUUGAUGAGUUCUCAGACGUCCACGUUCCCGCUGUGAUCCUCAAAACAUUCCUCAGAGAACUUCCAGAACCUCUGCUCACCUUCAGAGUCUACAACCAGGUCCUGGAGCUCCUCAGUGUGGAGAGCAGUCUGAGGGUCAGCAGGUGUAAACACAUCAUUGAAAGUCUUCCUGAACAAAACUUCAUGGUGACAAAGUUCCUGCUCUGUUUCCUCCACAUGGUGUCUCAGGAGAGCAUCGUGAACAAGAUGAGUCCCUCUAACCUGGCCUGUGUGUUCGGGGUCAACCUGCUGUGGCCUCGUCACGGCUCCUUCUCUCUGAACGCUCUGACGCCCGUCAACGUCUUCACCGAGAUCCUCAUCGAACAUUACCACGCCGUGUUCGGCUCCCGCAGCCCGCCUGCACAGGUAUUACCCUGAACCUGCACAGGUAACACCCUGAACCUGCACAGGUAUUACCCUGAACCUGCACAGGUAACACCCUGAACCUGCACAGGUAACACCCUGAACCUGCACAGGUAUUACACUGAACCUGCACAGGUAACACCCUGAACCUGCACAGGUAUUACCCUGAACCUGUACAGGUAUUACCCUGAACCUGUACAGGUAUUACCCUGAACCUGCACAGGUAUUACCCUGAACCUGUACAGGUAUUACCCUGAACCUGCACAGGUAACACCCUGAACCUGCACAGGUAACACCCUGAACCUGCACAGGUAACACCCUGAACCUGCACAGGUAACACCCUGAACCUGCACAGGUAUUACCCUGAACCUGCACAGGUAUUACCCUGAACCUGCACAGGUAUUACCCUGAACCUGCACAGGUAACCCCCUGAACCUGCACAGGUAUUACCCUGAACCUGCACAGGUAACACCCUGAACCUGCACAGGUAACCCCUUGAACCUGCACAGGUAACCCCCUGAACACCAGGUGGUCUCUCCUUCUCUGGAAUAAUCUUUUUGGUUGUUUUGGGACGUUGUUGCAUCACCUGGAGCUCAGGGUCAAAAUAUCUCACCUGUCGACCUCACCUCUUCCUGUGGAUAUUCUUCUCACCCGACUCUCAAAGACUUUAAAGACUGAAGCUGCACGUUCACUCUCCUUCUCUUUAUUAUUAUUUUAUUUUCAGACUUUUUUAGAUGAUGUUGAUUAUUGUUUGUGAGCUUGAAAAAGAAAAAUCUGAGGCGCUCAAAUCAGGCGUCUAAUGAGGUCAUCUGUGUGUUGAUAUUUGUAUAUUUUGUAAUAAGCCCCUCCUCCUUUAGAGGGAACGACACACUUCUUUUACCCCCCUUUAAAGGCUUUAUAUGUGAUUUUUUGAUCCAGCAGAUGUCGCCUUUGAGCACCAGCAUGAAACCAAAACAACUUGUGCUGCAUUGUUGUGUUAGCAUGCUAAUGCUAGCGAUCUUUAUUAUGCUCGUAUCUUCACACUGCAUGUAAAUUUACCUGAAAUGAGCGUGAUCUAGAAACACAGUUAAGCAGUGAGUACAGUAUGUUAUUCUUCUUUUCUCUAGUCCCUCAAUUAAACAACUUUUAUACACGAGGGGAGGAGUCAGCCGGCCGUCCUGGCGAUGUAAACAAAGUGAAGAUAGGACUCUGAAAACUCUGAAAACAUCACAGACAGUGGGACUCGGGUGUUACACCCAUUGUAGACAGUCAUGACUCACAGAGUUAUUUUCAGAGGAGAUACUUGAUUUAUACAUUUAAGAGUGAAACAUCACAGAAAGACUUUAAGAGUGAUUUAAUGAAAAAGUCUAAACAUGUUACUGAUCAGAGGAGAUGUGAAGUUCUGACUUCUUGUUACCAGAAAACUUGUCGACGUUAAAAGGAAUGAAUCAGCAUUUUGAGAAGUCUUCACUCUGAACUUUGUGUCCUGUUUGUGUUUCUGAUGUGAAAACAGACGCUUCAUUCAUUUUGUUCUUGAAUUUUUGUUUAUUAAUGAUUCCAUUUUUCGUAAGAACUCGGUACAAAAAAGUGAGACUACUCUUGAAUCAUUUAUCAACUUUUCCAUCGAUCCACUUUUUUUUAAUGCAUCAUAAAGAAGAAGAAAAAAACUACAUUGGCAUAUUUAAGACAAACACUUUCCUAUACACACUAUCCACUGGACAGUCCCCGUUAUUAAUGACAAACCAAAAAACUUCUACUUCAACAGACAUUUUCAUUUCCCAUCUAAACGUGUCGUCGUCGUCUCCUCGUCGCCCCCUCGUGGCAAAAAGAACACAUCGCACGUUGCAAGCUCGAAGUCAGAAUGCAGAAACCGGCAAACAAUAAAAAAAACAAAA